AACGUGGCUAAUUAAUAAGUAAUGAGCACAUGCUUAUUGCCUCUAAGUAGUGGUCCACUUUCACUUCCAUCCAAAAUUUUUUUGGCUCUCAUUUUUGUCUUAAAACUUCAUAUUUCGUAUUUCUAACUCCACUUUCUGUCCAUAUUUUUCUUAUAACAAAAAGUUUAUCUACUUUUCAAGUUUUCUUUUUUCUAAUAAAUUUUAUUUUGUUUCUCUUUUCGGCCCUCUCACCAAGAAAAAAGUGAAGCAAAGAUGAUCCAUCUUUGUCAGUUUCAAAGCCCUCAGCCAUGGUUGUUGUCUCCAACAAUUUCCAAGUUCACUCAAACAUCCUCUUCUACUAGAACACACGGGAUUAGAGGCUCGAAGAAUAUGAUAUUUUUCCGGAAAUCAGUACUAUGCAGUUUUUGGUUGAACAAUUCUUCAUCUAACAAUGUGCAUAAAUUUGUAAACGGUAGAGGAAAAUGGGAAGUUACUUGUAGAAAAGAAACAUAUAAUUCAGAGUGCAGUUCAAAUAACUCGAAUGUCAAACUCUUUAGGAUGGACUUACUGGAUGGUUCUCAACUGCAGGGUCAUCAAGCUAAACCGAUCAGGACUUUGUCGGCAUUUUUCUUACUGAGAUUAAUCCAAAUAGAUUUUGCCAGCACAUUAAUAAAGAUGGUCCAAGACUUAUUUCCACAUCUAUUUCGGAAUUUGGCUGUUAGAAGCUUACCUCUUGCAUGCAUAUCUAAUUCCUUGAAUAAGCCGACGCCUCUUAACUUGAACAUGUCCUUACCUUCGGUUCAAGAUAUUAGGUGGAAUUUUUCUCGGAUACUGUAUUUAUUCAACAUUCAACUGGACAAAAAUAUUUCUACGUUUCUUUUGGCUCUCCUUGUAGCAUGCUUUUCAUUCGUUGUUGUAGGUGGAAUCCUCUUCUUCAGGUUUAGGGGUAAAUCACAAUCUCUUGAGGAUUGCUGCUGGGAGGCGUGGUCAUGCCUUAUUUCAUCUUCAUCCCAUUUAAGACUAAGAACACGAACCGAACGUAUUAUUGGCUUCGUACUUGCUAUAUGGGGGAUAUUAUUUUACUCUCGGUUGUUAAGCACAAUGACAGAACAAUUCCGAAACAACAUGCAAAAACUCCGGGAAGGUGCACAAGUGCAAGUUUUGGAGAAUGAUCAUAUCAUCAUUUGUGGUGUAAACAGCCGUCUGGCUUUCAUACUACAGCAGCUAAAUAAUUAUCACAAAUUUGCCGUGCAUUUAGGUACUGCUACAGCCAGGAGGCAAAGAAUUCUUCUUUUGGCGGAUGUUCCGAGGAAGCAAAUAGACAAGCUGGCGGACAACAUUGCCAAGGAUCUUAUUCAUAUUGAUAUCCUUUCAAAGAGUUGUAGCCUUAGUUUGACGAAAUCAUUUGAAAGAGCAGCAGCUAAUAAGGCACGCGCCAUUAUCAUUCUUGCGACAAAAGGAGAUCAGUAUGGAGUUGAUACAGAUGCGUUUCUCUCUGUACUAGCACUUCAACCUAUUCCCAAGAUGGAAUCCAUUCCAACGAUUGUCGAGGUUUCGAAUUCCAAUACAUGUGAGCUCUUGAAGUCAAUCUCUGGACUGAACGUAGAGCCAGUGGAAAAUGUUUCUUCUAAACUAUUUGUUCAAUGUUCUCGGCAAAAGGGGCUCAUAAAGAUCUACAGGCACUUGCUUAAUUACCAAAAAAAUGUAUUCAGUCUUCACCAUUUUCCAAGUCUAACCGGGUUGACAUAUAGACAAAUACGACAAGGGUUUCAAGAGGCAGUUGUUUGUGGUCUUUAUCGGAAUGGUAGGAUAUACUUCCACCCUGGAGAUGAUGAAGUUCUUCAGGAAAUGGACAAAGUAUUGUUAAUUGCCCCUAUUAACAGGACGGCAAAACAACAACUUGUAACCAACAUGCAAAAAGUUUCAGAAGUUUCGAGAAAUAAUGUAGAGACCCCAACUCAUGCUUUAGAAUUGCGAAAAGAACGAAUGUUAAAUAUUGUGAAACGUACCAAGAAACGAGGAUCAAAGGCAUCAGACCAAAGUCUGGGGCCCAAAGAAUGCAUACUUUUGCUGGGGUGGCGACCAGAUGUUGUUCAAAUGAUUGAAGAGUACGAUAAUUAUCUCGGACUGGGAAGCAUUGUGGAAAUAUUAUCAGACGUACCGUUAGAAGAAAGGAAGAAGGCAAGCUCCAUGUCUGGUCAAAGAAAACUAAAAAAUGUCGAGGUUAUCCAUAGGAUCGGGAACCCAAUGAACUAUGAUAACUUAGAGGAAACCAUAAUGGAUAUACAAAAUUCUCGCAAGAAAGGGGGUCAUAUUCCUUUUUCUAUUCUUGUGAUUUCCGAUAGAGAAUGGCUUCUUGGAGAUCCAUCAAGGGCAGACAAGCAAUCUGCAUACUCACUUCUUCUUGCAGAAAACAUUUGCAACAAACUUGGAGUGACGGUGCAAAAUCUAGUUGCGGAGAUUGGCGACUCAAAAUUGGGCAAACAAAUUACAAGAUUCAAACCAACCUUGACGUAUAUCGCAGCAGAGGAAGUGAUGAGUCUUGUAACAGCUCAAGUGGCCGAACACAGCGAACUGAAUGAGGUUUGGAAGGACAUUUUGAAUGCUGAAGGCGAUGAAAUAUACAUAAAGGAUAUUGGCCUCUACAUGAAAGAAGGGGAGAACCCGUCCUUCACGGAGCUAUCGGAAAGGGCAUGUUUGCGGCAAGAAGUUGCCAUCGGAUAUAUAAAGAACAACAAGAAGGUCAUAAAUCCAAAUCCUAAAACAGAACCUUUGUCCUUUGAAAUGACGGAUUCGUUAAUAGUGAUAUCGGAGCUUGAAGGAGAGCAACCUAUUGUUGUUUAAACUUUACCCAUUUUGUUGUUUAAAAUUUCAUUAGUUCAUUUAUUUCCAAUCAAUUUUAUGGUGUCGGCUUCAUAACUCUUUGCAUGGCUGAGUUGAAUAGGAGAUGGACAGAAAUUAGCCAAAAGGUAAGUAUUUUGAAAAUUCAUGCUCUACCCAGUCGAGAAUUGGACACUUUUCUGAACUGAAUCGGCAUAUCCAUUCGGAAUAAGGGUUGGAUUGGUUGACCUAAAAAUCGGUUGAACCAGUUGAUUUGGUAGUCUUUAGUUUUCAAAUAUUUUUUAAUAAUUUAUCUAAUUGAACUGGAUGGAUCGGUCAAAUCGAUUGAAUUAGGAAUUUGUGGUUUAAUCAAUUCGACCACUGAUUCAAUUGAGAAAACCUUGUAAGAGCUGAUAUUUAUCAGUUCAAUUGUUAAAAAUAGAAAAGGUUGGUUUAUGUUAAUUUUAUUAUGAUAAUCAAGUUCUUAGAUUUGAAUUUUUAAUUA